CGCGCUCUGGUCGAAGGAAGGCUGCACGGUCUCGUCUCGGUUUCCCUCUUUCCCGCUCUCUCGCAUACUCUUCAUCUUCUCUGCGCAGGUCGCCCGCUAUUUGUUUUCAAGUUCACGAUGUAUACGUCUAGCUGGUGUGCUCUCGCCCUCGCCCUCCUCCCCGCCCUCGUCUCGGCCAUCCCGCUCCCCGCUCAGACGACCCCGAAGGCCCGGAAAGGUGGUGUGGUCCUCCCGUUCAACAGGCAUUCGCGCAGAGUUGCCGCAAGAGCCACCGAUGAUAGUGAUGUCCUGGGCGGAACCGUCGGCCUCGGUGACAGUGCAGAUCUUUUCUACACUGUUGCCGUAACGGUCGGGGAUUCGACCACUGCUGUGAAUCUCGACACCGGAUCCAGCGACCUAUGGGUGAUGUCCUCUACAUGCCGCACCAAGCAGUGUCGCCAGUCCACUGCCACGCCAUAUGACGUCUCGAAGACCUUCAAGGCCUCGGGUGGCAACGUGGAUCUCAGAUACGGCGACUCCGUCACCGGCACCCACGCGGACGGCCCCGUCGGUCGCGACACGGUAACGCUCGCAGGUCUCACGUUGGAGGGCCAGUCGCUCGCUGCGAUCAACGACACCGAUAACUCUGCCAUCUCGAAUGGCGGCGCGGGUAUCCUCGGUCUCGGCUUCCCUGCGCAGAGUUUCGUCCAGGCAGCUGUCAUCAGCGCUGAGAUCCCAAACACGGUGGGGACUGACACCUUCGUCGAGCAAACUGCCAAGUCGGGACCUCUGGUGCCCCGCUUGAUCUUGGCGGACGAGAUUGACGACCCCCUGUUCGCAAUUACGUUGCAACGGGAUACCAUUGACGUCUCCGGUGAGGGUCAAAUCACCAUCGGACAACUUCCCGAUGGUGUGGACAACUCGAGCAUCACCUGGGUGCCCGUCCGGCUCUACGACUCCGCCGACGGAGGUCUUGACGCGCCAUCCUUUGCCCCCAACGAAGUGUACCCUCUUCGCUGGGAAGUCGAGAUCGACGCUGUCUACCUCGACGGCAAAAAGCUCGCGGACUCUACACAGCAGCCCAACGGCAUCAGCAAGCCUUCCGUCUCCGCGCUCAUUGACACUGGCAACUCGCUUAUCCGCGGCCCCUCCGACGUCGUGAACAACAUCCUCUCGACCGUCUCACCCGCGUACGCGGCAGAUUCGUCCGCGUCGCCGCUCCUCCCCUGCGACGAGGGCCACAACCUGACGUUCCAGAUCGGCGGGAAGCUCUUCCCCGUCGACCCGCGCGACUUCGUCGCACAGAACAAGCAGGGCGACGCUGCGAACUGCGUCGCGAGCAAUGUCGUGAGCACCGACGCGCCGAGCGUCGGCGCGCUCUUCAGCUGGAACCUCGGCGACCCGUUUCUGAAGAGCAACAUGGUUGUGUUCUACUACGGGAACCUGACGCACCCGUCCCUCGACCCGCCCCGCAUGGGCUUCGUCUCGCUCGUACCGCAGAACGCGGAGGCGCUCUUGGACACUGCCGUCGAGGACGCGCAGAGCGCCGCCGGCGCGUUUGAGUCCACGGCCGAGGCUGCCCCCACAGCGAGCAGCUUGAUCCUCGAGGGCGCUGCGAGCGCGAGUGCCACAAGCGAGUCCACCUCAUCCGCGCCAGCCGCGACACGCACAUCGACCCCUUCUUCUCCAUCCUCCUCCGCGGCACCCGCAGCCACCGUCACUGCGACGGCCACCGCGAGCACGAACCCCAAAUCCGCGCCCGUCGCGUCGGUAUCGGCGUCGCCCUCGUCCUCGCCGAACGCCGCCGCACCCCGGCUGGUCGGCGGCUGGUGGCUCGCGCUCCCCACGCUCUCUUUGCUCGCGUCGCUCUGCAUUCUGUGAAUGACCUGCUCUCUUUUGCUGUUUAUAAUUGGUUAGGGUGUGGACUAUUUGCGCCUGCUGCACGGACAGACGGGAUACGUUAACUAGGUGCUUAUUGUAUGCGAACCUUUAGUGGGAAAAGGGAUCCGUGACGCUUCUGCUGUGCGACGAUACCGCGGUACGCACUCCGAGGGAAGCGCAAGUCCUCGCCACACCCUAGGUAUAGCAUGGCAGCGCUCAAGCAGCGCUACCACAGUUCUCCGCGCUACGCAAGCAAGCAUCACUCUGUUAUCAGCUCUCACCACCGAGCGACG